AACUUCUAUAUAUUGCCUGUUCUUGAUGCCUCUCUUCCACCACACCAUAAUGAGUCGUAGUAGUUUCCUCAUGCAACAGGCAUUGGAGUCGUCGUCGUCUGAUGAUGACGACGAGCUCAUUAUUGCUACCGCACACAUAGCACACAAUCAAUAUAAGCUUUUGAAUGCCCCACGCCAUGGCGGUUCUGUGCCUGGCCGUCAAGAAGUUCAUCGCAACAGGGAAGCAGGGCAUUCGAGACUACACAAUGACUACUUUUCAGAUGCUCCUACCUAUGGUCCAACUGUCUUCAGGCGCAGGUUUAGGAUGUCGCGUUCUUUAUUUUUGCGCAUAGUGAAUGUUGUAGAAGCCCAUGAUGGCUAUUUUGUUCAGAAACGAAAUGCUGCUGGACAUCUUGGACUAUCUUCUAUACAGAAGAUUACCGCAGCAUUUAGAAUGAUAGCUUAUGGAGUACCAGCGGAUGCUACUGAUGAUUAUCUUCGCAUUGGAGAAAGCACUGUCAUAGAGAGUCUCAGAAGGUUUGUGAAAGCUAUUGUUGAAGUUUUUGGAGAUGAAUAUUUGAGACAACCAAAUGAGAAUGAUACUGCUAGGUUACUUGCAAUUGGAGAGGCAAAUGGUUUUCCAGGAAUGCUAGGAUCCAUAGAUUGCAUGCAUUGGAAAUGGAAAAAUUGUCCCGCGGCAUGGCACGGUCAGUACAGUGGCCAUGUGCAUGAGCCCACAAUCAUUCUGGAAGCAGUUGCUUCACACGAUCUUUGGAUUUGGCAUGCUUUCUUUGGUUUACCAGGGUCUCACAAUGAUAUAAAUGUUCUUCAACGUUCCCCAGUCUUUGCCAGACUUGCUGAAGGGGAAGCUCCACAAGUAAAUUAUACCAUCAAUGGCCAUAAUUAUACAAUGGGGUAUUAUCUUGCAGAUGGCAUAUAUCCGCAAUGGGCCACAUUAGUGAAGACAGUACAAUCUCCACGAGGAAACAAGCAAAAAUUGUUCGCACAAGCUCAAGAGGCAGCUAGAAAGGAUGUUGAACGAGCCUUUGGAGUUCUCCAAUCUCGUUUCGCCAUUGUUCGUGGACCAGCUAGGUUUUGGGAUAAGGACACACUGUGGAAAAUCAUGACCGCUUGUGUCAUCAUGCACAAUAUGAUAAUUGAAGAUGAACGAGAUGAUGCUGAAGACUUCCAGUAUGAAGCUAUGGGAGACACUGUCAGGCCCUCCCAUGCUCCUACUCCCGAACUGGAAGAGUUUAUUCAAAUUCAUCAUAGUAUUGGAAACAAGCAGACUCACUGUCAGCUACAAGAUGAUUUAGUCGAGCACUUGUGGCAACGUCAUGGUGGGAUGUAGUUUAUUGCAGUUGUGUUGGACUAUUUUAGUAAU